CUGCCGGCCCGGAAGCACUCGCGCCGCAGACCCCGGGGGUGACCAGUUUGGGGGCUACCACCUCAAGCGCGCGCGGAGGUUGCGCUCCUGUUUCGCGCUCCCAGCAUCCGCCGCCAUGGCCUGGACCAAGUACCAGCUGUUCCUGGCCGGGCUCAUGCUCGUCACCGGCUCCAUCAACACGCUCUCGGCAAAGUGGGCGGACAACUUCGUGGCCCCAGGCUGCGGAGGGAGCCAGGAGCACAGCUUCCAGCAUCCCUUCCUCCAGGCAGUGGGCAUGUUCCUGGGGGAGUUCUCCUGCCUGGCUGCCUUCUACCUACUCCGGUGCAGAGCUGCAGGGCGCCCAGACACCAGUGCGGAUCCCCAGCAGCCCUUCAGCCCCCUUCUUUUCCUGCCCCCAGCCCUCUGCGACAUGACCGGGACCAGCAUCAUGUAUGUGGCCCUGAACAUGACCAGUGCUUCCAGCUUCCAGAUGCUGCGGGGAGCAGUGAUCAUAUUCACAGGCCUGUUUUCGGUGACCUUCCUGGGACGGAGGCUGGCCCUGAGCCAGUGGCUGGGUAUCCUCGCGACCAUCGCAGGGCUGGUGGUCGUGGGCCUGGCUGACCUCCUGAGCAAGCACGACAGUCAGCACAAGCUCAGCGAAGUGAUCACAGGUGUGGCCGGGGUGGGCAUCCCGGGGCUGCCCUGCACAGAGUCACUCGACAAAGCAUUUUACAAGCUCUGCUGUCCGCCAAGCCCUGGGGGAGGGCAUGUGGGACACCAGCUGAUGUGGACAUGUACCUGCUCUCGAGGGGACCUGCUGAUCAUCAUGGCCCAGAUCAUCGUCUCCAUCCAGAUGGUGCUGGAGGAGAAGUUUGUCUACAAGCACAACGUGCACCCACUGCGGGCAGUCGGCACUGAGGGCCUCUUUGGCUUCGUGAUCCUCUCGCUGCUGCUGGUGCCCAUGUACUACAUCCCCGCCGGUUCCUUCAGUGGAAACCCUCGCGGGACGCUGGAGGACGCGCUGGACGCCUUCUGCCAGGUGGGCCGACAGCCACUCAUCGCGCUGGCGCUGCUGGGCAACAUCAGCAGCAUCGCCUUCUUCAACUUUGCAGGCAUCAGUGUCACCAAGGAGCUGAGCGCCACCACCCGAAUGGUGCUGGACAGCCUGCGUACCGUUGUCAUCUGGGCCCUGAGCCUGACGCUGGGCUGGGAGGCCUUCCACCCGCUGCAGAUCCUUGGCUUCCUCGUCCUGCUGGCGGGCACAGCCCUCUACAACGGGCUGCACCGCCUGCUCCUGAGCCGCCUCUCCAGGGACCGGCCCCCGGCGGAGGAGGGCGAGCAUGAGAGACUGCUGGGGGGCCCUCGGACUGCCAUCAACGAUGCCAGCUGAGCCUCCCGCUUUACUGCCACCUGGACGCUCCUUGUUCACCCCGAGGCUGAGGCCAUGUGGGCUGGUGAACCUCAAGUGCCCUGUCCCCGAGGCCUCACCCUGCCCCCUCCCCACAGACCCCCUCCCUCCUGCCGCCCAGGGCAGCUGCUGCCACAGAAGAUGACACAACACCCAGGUCCUCCUUUGUCACCACCCCAUUCAGGCCUGAGUGCAGUGCCCGACCCCCAGCAGGCUUCCCCAGCCCCUCCUGCAACACUAGAGCUAAAUCAUGGAGUAGAAUUGCAGGAACCAGCAGCCCUAGGGUUUCCUCCUAAACCAUAAGCUAAGUGUGAUUCUCCCAAGAAGAGAGGUCACUGAGCAAAUUCUAAUAGAACUAAGCACCACAGUUUCUAAAACUUGUAAGAUACUCCCUAACCCUGUCUGGGAACCGAGGUUUCAGCCAGGGCCUUGCCGCAAACUCAGUGUGUGCUCCCCAGCCCUGUACCUGGCCACUCUGGGCCCUGGCGUCCUGCUCUGCAGAAGGUGUCCACAGUGUGGCUUCCGUGCCUUCCGGCCCAAUUGGGCCCAUUCUGCAGGGCUGUGGUUUUGACCAACCUGGGGAAGGAGUGACAGCCUGUUUAUUGAAGAUGCCCCCUGCCCAUGGCGCUCCUCCCCACGCCUGCUCUGGCAUCCUUGCUCACACCUUGAAGUCCUCCCCACCUGGGAGAAGUUACAGGGGGAUUUCCAGGCAGCCCUUGAUAAUAGCUUUUAUGAACUCUUCACCUCCCAUUUUAAAGAUGAGGAAACUUGAGUCCCAGAGUUAUAAGUUGUUUGGCAAAAGGGCUCUCCUGCCAUGGGCUCUGGCCGUGCAGCCACAGGACCAGGCAGUCGGCUGGGUUGUAGAGCACAUCUGGGGUUCUGCCUCACCCCCAGCCACCUGACAGACACCAUGGAUAACCCUCCAGGGUGAUGGGUUUACCGGGAGUCUACCGUUGAGAGUGAUGCUGGUAUCCCAGGCGUUAUGUUAAGUGCUUAGCUUUCAUUCUCUUGCAUAACAGCCUGCACAGGUGGAUGCAGGUGAGAAAAGUGUGGCCCAGAGAAGGUCAAGUGACUUCCUCGUGGAGCCGGUAUGUCAAGCUGGGUUUGCCUGAUUCCAAGCCUGUGGGCCCACUUACCAUAAGAGUCUCUGAGAUCUUUGGGGGUACUUCCUGUGGCUAGGAGAGAGGCAUCCUGUGCUGUUAUCCCCCCAGUAACCCCACCCUGAAGAGAGGGGCUGGCAGCAGGGACCCCAGGGAGCUGAGCGGCCCUUCAUUCCAGUGGUCCUCACUCUGUGGCAGAUCACUUUCCUGGGCAGCUCAAUCGUGAAACAAAUACCGAAUGCCUUCCUUAAAAUGGAUCCUGGGAGAAGGGAUCUCUGACAAGCAAAGCCCUCGGGCUGUGGGAAUCCAGCAGGUUCUUACCGUCGGGAGAGAAAGGCCUCUCUAUCCCACCAGCUCCGAGUCUCGGGGGACCCUGAGCUCCUCUGGGCCACGGUGUGUGUCACAGGAAGAAGGAAAUGGAGAUCGAGGGUGAUGGGUGCUAUAGCUGCUUUGUCCCAAAAACGGGGGCCUUACAGUGUUGUUUCAGGCGUUUUAUUUUUAAAAAGAAGAGGGGAGUUGGCAGUGUGGACUUUUUUCUUUAAUGAGAGGGAAGGAGCACAAAGGUUAGGACAUUCCUGGAGGUAACGUCUAGAACGUUGGAUGGAAAAGCUGUAAAGUACCAAAUCAUAGAAAUCACGUGUGGAUUUUAGCAUUGAAGGGUUGGUGGGAUUAUAAUGGGACUUCAGUGGUGAGAGGUGGCAGAGGAUGGGGAGGGGACUUAAGGUCAGGCCUGCCACCCACUCAGGCAACUCGCUUUAUCUCCUGGAGCUUUGGGUCUUCACAUCUCUAAAAUGGGGAAGCCUGCAUCUCACAGGAUGGCUGUGAAUAUUGCCUAAGAUAUAAAUGGAAGGUGGCUGUAAAUGCCAACGUACAGUGGAGCGUCCUGUAAGGCGGCACUGCCCACCAGGGUGGUCUGUCAGGCACUGAAGUCCCAGUGGAGCAUUGGUUUUGCUCAGAGGGGGAGAAAUGUUUUGUUAAAACAUACCAUUGUGGAAUAGAGUGUAAACUUCACAUUGAUUAUACGAUAAAACAGGAUGCCUCGUAAAAUUUUUAUGUUGACCCUAAGUACCCUUCCAGACCCUGGAGGUGUGUCCUCUGUAUCCUAGUGUCUGGGGUGCUUCGGAGGAUGAGUUUGAGAGGCCAUGCUGUGUCAUGCUGGUAAUGGGGGCGGAGGGGGAAAGAAUCUCCACUCUCCUGCUGAGUCUAGAGGGUUGUGAGGAAUGUCUGUAGCUGUGGCCUACUGCUCUGAGUGGAAUAAUGGGGCCCUGGACCCCAAAUUAGAAUUGACUGAUUAACAGACAUCUGUAAACAUCAGUUCAAAUACAGUGUAAUUCAGACUAUCUGCACUGUAGUGAACUGACCAGUCCCUGCCCCAUUCAUAGUGGUCCUAGGGGACCCUGGGGCUGGGGUGUCCUCCAGGACUGCCAUCCAGGUCCUGGAGUAGCCCUCAGGCUUGCUGCCCACAAGAGGUUUAGGACCGUGCCAGGUGGUUCCAUUUGCCUUCGCUCUGUCCAAAGGUCUCUGUACUUUAACAAGCAAACAGCACUGAAGGAGAUCAGAGGACGGUAGGAGGAUUGGAGCAAACAGCCAUGCAGUUUAGGGGGAGCCAGAGAUAUGUGUCCUCAGCUCCGUCUCUCCCUUCACUGGGUGGCUUUGGACAAGUGAUGUUACCUCUCAAGACCUUGGCUGCCUACAAAAGAGAAGUUCUUCGUUUCCUAAAUAUGUUCACCUCCCUGACGUGCUUACAGAUUUAGUUUUUUCAUGUUUCCCUUGGUUAAGAGCCCCUCUGGCCUUCUGUUGACUACAUUCUUUGAAAACCCUAGGUCAGCAGGGGGUUCCCUCUGUAGCCAUAAAAGUUUAUAAAUCGCCUUUCUUCGUUAGAAACUCUUGUCAAAAAAAUUGUUUGUUCAUUUUUUAAGAGACUUUUAUUGGAGUAUAAUUGAUUUAAAUGUUGUGUCAGGGGCUUCCCUGGCGGUCCCGUGGUUAAGACUCGGUGCUUCCACUGCAGCACUGCAGAGGGCACGGGUUCAAUCCCUGGUCAGGGAACUAAGAUCCCAUAUGCCACGUGGCAUAUGCCAUGCGGCACAGCCAAAAAUAAAAACAAAAAUAAAAUGUUGUGUUUCUGCUGUACAGCAAAGUGAA